AUGAGUUCUAUAGUACUCUAUAACAGAGGCAAAAAUACGGAGAAAGCACCACUAAUAGGAUGGAGACGGACAUUUAAAGAUUUUUUUUACUGCCAAGUUGCGAGAUCGAUUCUCUUCGUAAUAGGAUUUUAUAAGAUAAAAGUUAAUGGAAAGCUAGCUGAUCGGCAACAAGCACCUAUUAUCGUUAUUGCUCCUCAUUCUUCAUUUCAGGACAUGUUGUUUAUGGAUUCACUACGUCCACUGUCGGGAUUAUCACGAGUCGAAAAUAAGAGUGCACCCAUACUAGGGCCUACUCUUAUUAUGAUGGAAACAAUUUUUGUAUCACGAAUGAACCCUAAAUCACAUCAACAGACCAUCGACGAAAUUCUUAAACGUAGCACAGAUACUGAAUAUGAUUGGCCUCAAAUGAUGAUUUUUCCAGAAGGUACAGGUACAAAUCGAAAAAGUUUAGUGCAUUUCAAGGCAGGUGCUUUUAUUCCUGGUGUUCCAAUUCAACUAGUAGCUGUUCGAUUUUUGAAUAAAGUGGAUACUUAUUCUUGGGUAGCUGAUGGACCUGGACCACUGAUGUUGUUAAUCCAUUGUGUCUGUCAAUUUCGACAUGAAGCAAUCGUUGAUAUUUUGCCGGUUUAUCAUCCUACCGAAGAAGAAAAGAAGAAUCCACGAAUUUAUGCCGAUAAUGUUAGAAAAUUAUUUUCAGAACUAAAUUAUCCUAUCAUCAAGAAUCACCUGAAAAUAUUUUCGGUGAUUAAUACAUGUAAGAGUGGCAAGGUUACUAUUCAAGAUCUUGCCUCAUUCUUAAACGUUAACACCAGCGAUCUAGAAGGAGUAUUUGCUUUACUGGACAUGGAUGAGGAUGGCUAUCUUGACUUUAGAGAGUAUUUAAUUGGUAUUACAAUUUUAAAGGAUUCCGAUCAAUUAAAGAAUAUCGUUACUCAUAUGGGACAGACUAUGCUUGUCCAGCGUUAUGACUCAAAUCUUAGCGAAGAAGAUUUUCGUUCAGUUAUAUUACGACUUUAUCCUCAACUAUCUAACGAACCUAUAAAAGCAUUUUAUAUGUACCUACGUCAGAAAUACGAAUUUGUCAGUAUAGUUCAUUGUUCUUUGGCUAAUAGAAAUAACGUCUAUAUAAAUACUGAAACAGUUACCAUAUUAGACUAUAGAUUGUCCGCUAUAAAUGUCGUUACUAUUAGUAAUCUGCAUAACUAUAAAAUAAGGUAG